UAGUUCGAUUAUUAUUGCCAAACUCUUUCUCUCUAUGUCAUGAAACACCCAAACAUGAACGUUUACAACUGAAGUAACUGAAAAUAUAGAUAUAGAUAGAUACAUUACACACACACACACACACCGAAUCCCCAAUAUCAGAUCUUAAUCCCAAUCUCAAUUACCCAAUAAAAUCAAUUCCAAUCAGAUCUCUCUCAAAUCUCCCAAAAAAAAAUGGAUACAUCCGCCUGUAUAAAAGAGGUAAACAGAUCGGCAUCGGUGGCAUUUGCCCCCGAUGCCCCGUACAUCGCAGCCGGAACAAUGGCUGGAGCUGUUGACAUGUCAUUCAGCUCAUCUGCAAAUCUUGAAAUUUUCAAACUUGAUUUCCAAUCUGAUGAUCAUAAUCUUCCUUUAGUUGGUUCUAUUCCUAGCUCUGAACCCUUUAAUCGAUUAUCUUGGGGCAAAUCCCCCCUGCCCAGUUCCGAAGAAUUCGGAUUGGGUCUUGUUGCUGGUGGUCUUGUUGAUGGUAAUAUUGGUAUCUGGAAUCCCAAGAUACUUAUAAGCUCUGAAGAUAAUAAAAGUGCUCUUAUCCAACAACUAUCAAAACACAAAGGACCUGUUCGUGGUCUUGAGUUUAGCGGUCUCUCACCAAACCAUCUUGCUUCUGGCGCUGAAGAAGGGGAAAUAUGUAUAUGGGAUAUCUCUAAACCAUCAGAACCUACACAUUUUCCUCCACUUAAGGGAAGUGCGUCAGCUAAACAGAGUGAAAUAUCUUAUUUAUCAUGGAACAGAAAGGUUCAGCCAAUCUUGGCAUCCACUUCCGUCAAUGGGACAACUGUGGUUUGGGACCUCAGGAAGCAAAAACCGAUUAUUAGUUUCUCAGAUUCAGUUAGAAGACGAUGCUCUGUUUUACAGUGGCAUCCUGAUUUUGCCACACAGCUGAUUGUUGCUUCAGAUGAUGAUACCUCGCCUUCUUUGAGGAUGUGGGAUAUGCGAAACACAAUGUCACCAUUGCGAGAGUUAGUAGGUCACGAUAAAGGUGUAGUUGCAAUGUCGUGGUGUCCCAAUGACAGCUCCUAUUUGCUGACCUGUGCCAAAGAUAACCGCACUAUUUGUUGGGACACUAAUUCUGCUGCGAUUGUUUCUGAACUUCCAGCUGGAACCAAUUGGAACUUUGAUGUUCAUUGGUAUCCAAAGAUACCUGGGAUCAUAUCUGCAUCUUCCUUUGAUGGAAAAAUUGGCAUUUAUAAUAUUGAGGCCUGUGCUCGAUAUGGUGCUGGGGAAAAUUACUAUAGCUCAGCACCUUUGAAAGCCCCAAAAUGGUACCAACGUAAAGCUGGAGUUUCUUUUGGUUUUGGGGGCAAGCUUGUUUCUUUCCAUUCAACUGGUUCUUCUGGACCUUCAGAGGUCAAUGUUCAUGAUUUGGUUACUGAACACAAUUUAGUAAGUACCUCAUCUGAAUUUGAAGAGGCAAUGCGAAGCGGAGAUAGAUCUUCUUUCAGAGUUCUAUGUGACAACAAAUCUCAACAAUCUGAAUCCGAGGAGGAAAGAGAAACAUGGGGAUUUUUGAAGGUGAUGUUUGAGGAUGAAGGAACAGCAAGGACAAAGCUUUUAAACCACCUUGGCUUUACUUUGCCUGCAGAAGUGAAUGAUAAUGUUCAAGAACUAUCUCAUGAUGUAAACUCUCUCAAUUUUGAAGAACAUGAAGCAAAGAAAGAAGAGUUUACAGGAGGCAACCUAACACCUAUUGAUAACGGGGAAGAUUUCUUUAACAAUCUUCCAAGUCCUAAAUGUGACACACCUGUCUCGACUCCGGGGAAAAAUACCGAAGAAUCUGUUCCCUUUGUGGAUGAACAAACAAUGGAAAGUGAUUUACACGGUGGCCACACUGACCCGUCAUUUAAUGACGCUGUGCAACGUGCAUUGGUUGUUGGAGAUUACAAGGGUGCGGUUGCCCAGUGUAUUGCAGCAGAUAAGAUGGCAGAUGCUUUAGUUAUUGCACAGGUUGGGGGUCAGUCCUUGUGGGAGACCACACGUGAUGAAUACCUUAAGAAGAACCGUUCUCCCUACCUAAAGGUUGUUUCUGCAAUGGUGAACAAUGAUCUGGUUAGUCUAGUUAAUAUCCGACCACUGAAAUCUUGGAAGGAAACACUUGCUCUCCUAUGCACUUUUGCACAAAAAGAGGAAUGGACUUUACUUUGUGAUAUCCUUGCUUCUCGGCUAGUAAAAGCUGGUAAUACUCUAGCGGCAACUCUUUGUUACAUAUGUGCUGGGAACAUUGAUAAAACAGUCGAAAUCUGGUCCAAGAAUGUUACCGCAGAACACAUUGGAGAAUCGUAUGUUGGCCUUCUUCAGGAUUUAAUGGAGAAGACUGUGGUUCUUGCUCUAGCAACGGGCCAGAAGAGAUUCAGUGCUUCUUUAUGCAAGCUUGUUGAGAAGUAUGCUGAGAUAUUAGCAAGUCAAGGACUUUUGACAACUGCUAUGGAAUAUUUGAAGCUAAUGGGAACAGAAGAUUUGUCUCCUGAACUUGCCAUCUUAAGAGAACGGAUUGCUCUCUCAUCUCAACCAGAGAAAGAGGCAACAGGGUCUACAGAAUUUGUUCACUCUCAACCUCAAGUGCCACCUGUAUAUGAUGCAAACCACGAAGCAAACUCUAUUGUUGAUUCUUCUAGAAGCUAUUAUCAGCCUGAGAGCACUUAUCAACGUGAGAGCUAUCAACAACCACAUGGCCCUGUAUACAACACACCAUAUCAACAGACACAUCAACCUUCUAUGUUUGUGCCAUCUUCCACGGCGAACGUUCCCCCGGUGGCGACAUUCAAUCCAUCUCCGGUUACAACUCAGCCUACUCCCAAAGUCUUUGUUCCUACAACACCACCGAUUAUGAGAAAUGCGGAUCAAUACCAGCAGGCACCGACUUUGGGUUCACAACUAUAUCCUUCUCAGGGGAAUGCUAACUCUGGCUACCAACCUGGACCCCCGGGACCUGUUUCAGUUGGUCCAGUCCCAUCUCCCAUGGUUCCAACUAUCGGGCCAAAGAUAUCACAGGGUGUGACCCCACCAGUGAGGGGAUUUAUGCCUUUAAACAAUACAGGAUUGCAAAGAACUUCCUCAGCUCAAAUGCAACCUCCUACUCCACAACCUGCUGCACCUCCUGCAGCUCCUCCAACUGUACAGACAGCUGAUGUGACGAAUGUACCAGCCCAACAAAAGCCAGUUAUUGGAACUUUGACUAGACUUCUGAACGAGACAUCAGAAGCAUUGGGAGGUUCAAAUGCCGUUCCAGCUAAGAAGCGUGAGAUUGAUGAUAACUCGAAAAAACUCGGUGCCUUGUUUGCCAAACUAAAUAGCGGCGAUAUAUCCAAAAAUGCCGCUGAAAAGCUUGUGCAGCUCUGUCAAUGCUUGGAUCGUGGUGACUUUCCUACUGCCCUCAAAAUCCAGGUGGAUCUUACCACAAGUGACUGGGAUGAGUGCAGUUUCUGGUUAGCAACUCUGAAACGAAUGAUCAAGAUUAGGCAAAAUAUCAGAUAAACCAAGAGCUCUACUUUAAGCGACCAUGUCCACCAUGGCAUGUAAUUUUUCCAUGUAUCCGGUUGCUAAUGCCCGUUGCAUAUCUUGUCUUUUGUACACAAGAACUUGGUCGUAAAGUGUGUAGCAGAGUGUAGUUCUUGUCAUUUCUUUUUACUUAUCUGAGGAUAUUGCUUGAUUUCAUUUUUUUACAUUCUUACUUGUUUGAUACUCGUAUAGAAUACUGAAGGGCUUAUAGUAGUUUGGUUAUCUUAUUGAUGUAAGGAGAGGCCAGAACUGGUACUUUUGAUUUAUAGAUGACAUGAUUUUGUCA